AUGGGUCUUGCACACGACCCAUUGUCUUGGGAUGGUCCCCAAGGAAAGAACAAUCAACCAUAUGUGUACCCCAGGGAUGGUCCCCAAGGAAAGAACAAUCAACCAUAUGUGUACCCCAGGGAUGAUCCCCAAGGAAAGAACAAUCCACCAUAUGUGUACCCCAGGGAUGGUCCCCAAGGAAAGAAUAAUCAACCAUAUGUGUACAUAAGGGAUGGUCCCCAAGGAAAGAACAAUCCAUCAUAUGUGUACCCCAGGGAUGGUCCCGAAGGAAAGAACAAUCAACCAUAUGUGUACCCCAGGGAUGGUCCCCAAGGAAAGAACAAUCCAUCAUAUGUGUACCCCAGGGAUGGUCCCAAAGGAAAGAUUAGUCCACCAUACGUGCACCCACGGGAUCGUCCCGAAGGAAAGAACAAUCAACCGGAUGGUCCCCAAGGACAAAAUAAUCCACCAUAUGUGUACCUUAGGGAUAGACCUCAAGGAAAGAACGAACAACCAUAUGUGUUCCCCAGGGAUGGUCCCCAAGGAAAGACUUAUCCACCAUAUGUGUACAUAAGGGAUGGACCCCAAGGCAAGAACAAACAACCAUAUGUGUACUUUAGAGAUGGUCCCCAAGGAAAGAAUAAUCCACCAUAUGUGUACCCCAGGGAUGCUCCCCAAGGAAAGACUUAUCCACCAUAUGUGUACCUAAGGGAUGGACCCCAAGGAAAGAUCACACAACCAUAUGUGUACCUAAGGGAUGGUCCCCAAGGAAAGAACAAACAACCAUAUGUGUACCCCAGGGAUGGUCCCCAAGGAAAGAACAAACAACCAUAUGUGUACCCCAGGGAUGGUCCCCAAGGAAAGAAUAAACAACCAUAUGUGUACCUAAGGGAUGGUCCCCAAGGAAAGAAUAAACAACCAUAUGUGUACCUAAGGGAUGGUCCCCAAGGAAAGAAUAAACAACCAUAUGUGUACCCCAGUGAUGGUCCCCAAGGAAAGAACAAACAACCAUAUGUGUUCCCCAGGGAUGGUCCUCAAGGAAAGAAUAAUCCAUCAUAUGUGUUACUAAGGGAUGGUCCCCAAGGAAAAACAAUCCACCAUAUGUGUACCCCAGGGAUGGUCCCCAAGGAAAGAACAAUCAACCAUUUGUGUACAUAA